AUGGAAGCACCUCAUGACUCGAAGCGCGAGGCCAAGAUACUGUCGGUAGCUGCAUCUGACAACGUCAUACCACUUCUAGAGACCUUUCGCGAAAACAGCAGUCAUUUCAUUCUCGUUAUGCCAUUCAUGCGGUACAGCGUGAAUGAGCUGCUACAAGACAAGAAGCUAUCAGGUCCACAGAUGAAGAACUGUCUCAAGGAUCUCUUUUCAGGCCUAGCCCAUAUCCAUGGCCAAGGCAUCAUCCACCGCGACAUAAAACCUUCCAACAUCCUUUUGAAAUCGCUGGACGGGCCCGCCUACUUGUCCGAUUUCGGCAUCGCGUGGGCACCCGGUGUAGUGGGCGCGGAACCAGCGGAUUCCAAGAUCACGGAUGUUGGUACAACAUGCUACAGGCCACCCGAACUGUUGUUCGGUAACACGAGCUAUGGCUGCAACUUGGAUCUGUGGGCGGCCGGCUGCACCGUGGCCGAAGUACUGGACCCGAACCAUGCUACUCUUUUCGACUCCGGAGAGUUGGGAAGUGACUUGGCGCUUAUACAAAGCAUGUUUAAGAAGCUUGGGACGCCCAAUUUGGACGUCUGGCCGGAGGCAGCUGGAUUCAGAGACUGGGGCAAGGUGCAGUUCUACGAGUAUCCGGCGCAGGAAUGGUCUGCGUUGCUACCGAGCGUAUCAGAGGCUGAACGUGAUCUGGAUGGCCGCGGAAAAGACUUCGGAGGCAUAGGCGAGGCCUGGUCAUGGAUGCAGUCUGGUACAGCUUGCCAGCUAGGCGCGAUUAAUGGACAUCCCCUCACAACAUCGUCGCCCGUUUCCCCUGCUGACGUCCGCACCUCCGCAUUUCCGCUCAGCAUGGCUUCCUUUUUUGGUCUGGGUCGGAACCGGCAGAAGAGCCCGCAGGAGCUCGCGCAUGAGACGAAAGAACUCACAGUACGGCUUGCGCAGGAGGAGAAGCCGAACCCAAAGAUAGAAGAGGCACUUGCAAUGGACUUGCAGCAGAUGAAGAUUCGACUUCAAGGCACACCAGAUACGGAAGUCUCCCCCGAGUCGGUGCUAGAGCAGCUGGGCGCGAUCAUGAACGAGGAUCUUCUCUACGUCCUCGCUAUCAACAUCCACAAGCUGCCAUUCGAGUCGCGAAAAGACGCCCAGGUCAUCUUCUCCACUGCGUUCCGAUACAAGCGGCCCGGACAGAACGAGCCCGAGGUUCUGCACCACAUAGUCACAUUUCGGCCAGAGAUCAUAAUUGCUUUGUGCAGAGGAUAUGAUAGACGGGAGAGCGCCAUGCCGUGCGGAGGGGUGCUUCGUGAAGCACUCAAGUACGACGCCAUUUGUGCGCUACUUCUGUACGACGAGCCCACUGAGGACGGCAGCCCACUCGAUCUGGCCAACGUCAAUCCUGACCUGCCGUCGUCUGGCAACGGUGUGCUUUGGAAGUUCUUCGACUGGAUAGAUAAGGGUGCUUUCGAAGUCAGCGCAGACGCAUUCAAUACAUUUAGGACAAACUUCGACACGUUCUUCGCCAAGUACAACUCGAUAUUGAUACAGUCGGAAAGCUACGUCACGAAGCGCCAGUCGAUCAAGCUGCUGGGCGAGAUCUUGCUCGACCGGGCGAAUUACAACGUCAUGACUCAAUACGUGGAUUCGGGCGACCACCUCAAGAUCAUCAUGAGGCUGCUGAGGGACGACCGAAAGAUGAUCAACUACGAAGGGUUCCAUGUCUUCAAGGUAUUCGUUGCGAACCCCAACAAGUCGCAUGCGGUGCAAAAGAUUUUGAUUGGCAACCGCGAGAAACUCCUGCGCUUCCUGCCCGCCUUCCUCGAAGAUCGCACAGAAGACGAACAGUUCAUUGACGAGAAGAGUUUCUUGAUACGGCAGAUUGAACAGCUGCCUGCGCAGCCUACUGUUCCUCCACCGGCGGUAUAGCACUCUGCUGAGUCGUCGAGAAGGCCACGGCCUGUUGCGGCUCCUAGGGUGGAGUGGCACCCUUCUGACACAGUGUUUCUACGCGACGUGAGGCUGAAUUGAAUCGGAGUUCUGGAUACGGGUUCAGGUCUGAGAUCAGGAUUGAUCGUUGUUUAGCAUACCCCAUCGCUCUGCGUCUGCAUCACUGGCAUAGAUUUCUUAGUAGUUGCAUAGCUAUGUUCACUGCCGCAUUAUCAUCCAACCCUGAAAAUACACGGCAAGUCUGCCGAGAA